CUGUCUGAUAAAGAGAUAUCGAUUGUUACCCGGGAGCCAGUUUUCUAUAAAUUGAAGUUUCAUUAAAAGAACGACAAAUAUAACACAGCGAGAAAUCUCAAUUGUUCAAAUUAUCAAGUCUUAAGAGUCGUUCGAUAUGUUUUUAACAUCGCAGUAAAACUGUCAUUAGAAGGGAUAUGUUGUCAAUGACGUGCAAUGGAAGCUGUUGAUUAUUUAUUGUAAAAACAAUUUGCUCUGAUGUUUAGUCAUAAUGGUGUUUUUGUUCACAUCAAGAUUCAAACUUUAAUGACAAGUUACUAUGAAUAAAAACGUCACCAUGGAAAACCAAAGCAAUUGCACAGCUGGAAUUUUACCACAAGCGGGUUCUGAUUUUGAAAACAUUGGCGUGAUGUGUAUGCUGUCAGUAUUCAGUGUCAUCGGAACGUUUGGAAAUGGAUUAGUCAUUUAUGUGUACUCUAAAAAACGUGAUAAAUUGACAUCUAACGUGUUUAUAAUGGGUUUAGCAUUAACUGAUUUUACUACAUCAUUGGUGAUUAUGCCGUAUACUGUGGUGUUUACUUUUUUGGAAGAAAAGAUACUGUUUGACAUACCAUGUAAAAUCUUUUAUUUUCUCGUUACUUCGAAUGUGCCACUGUCGGCUUUUAUUAUGGUGGCAAUAGCCGUGGAUCGUUAUCUUUGUAUAUGCCACCCAUUCCUGCAUCUUUUGACAGUUCCAAGAGCAAAAAUUAUAUUGCUACUACAGCUUGUCUUUGCUGGAAUACUCGGUUUGAUAACAGCUCUGAUGCACUCUGUGUAUGCCCUACCAGAUGAACUUCUAGAUUUGGAUCUCGAACAUCCAUAUGACAAAAACAUCAGUUUUGCUGAAUGCGAAUCAGUUUACACAGGAACUUGCAAGCAUACAAGUAGUGUUUUCAGUGUAGAAUUUAAUCUAUUUUAUCAAAAAGUAUACUCCUCCUUCUUUUUGAUAUCUCUACUUUUAGUGUUUACACUUUAUAUAAUGAUUUAUAGAUAUGUCACAUCACGAAGGGCAAAACGCCAAAAACAGAAGAAUGCCAAACAGUUUUCAACCACAAUGGUUCAGACAGAAGCGUCACAAAUUGAUAACUCCAAGGACAGUCAUGAUCACCAGCAUCCUACAAAGGUUGAAGUUAACGAGAAUGGAGUCAGUACAACCUUAUUACCACCUGACCAUCAGGAAGAACAGGUGAGACGACAGCGGAAGUCAGUGCGAGAGAAAAGGGACCACAAUGCAUUAGCAAAUAUAAAAACUGCUUUGAUGCUAUUCGUAGUGGCUGUUGUGUUUGUCAUAGCUUAUCUUCCACCCUGGCUAAUGGCUCUCAUGGUUGUCCAGUAUGUCAAAUUUGUAUUUUAUUCGUAUUUCGUAUACAACGUUGUCAAUCCAUUCAUUUACGCGUUCAUGAAUCCAACGUUUCGAACAGACCUGACAAAGGUAUUUGGAAAAUGUUUAAAAAAGAAGUGAAAAACAAAGCCAAGUAUUUAUUAUUGUAGUGAUGUUCAUGACAGAUAAACAGUAUUUAAUAUGACAAUACAUAGAAACGCGUCAGUGUUGUGGAUACUAAUAAUGUGAAAAGAAAAUGAAAGUAGGUCACGCAAUAAGAGGUUUUUAUUUAAAAUUAAAAAUUAAUGA